AUGAUCAGCUGACGGGCCACAACAACAAUCAGUGUGUGACGACGUCUGGAGGGGGAAGGGUGUGCUGACUAUUACCUCUGUCUGCUGUACCUUGCUGUCGAGUUGCUGCAUCCAGAGAAGUGCAGCACAAGUCCACCAUGUCGCAACGAUUUGGGAGUUAUAUAGCGUCGAAAAGGAAGGAAACAUGGAAGUACAUACAGAACAUGCAGUCAACAGCAUACUCGCUGGUGGUGUUUACUGCGACCAUGGUGGUGAUGUUUUGGGCGAGUGUGUUUCUCUACACCUCCUUCUACUUUACCUACAUGCCAGACGAGUCCGUCAUGUGGCCAGUGCAUUUUCAGUACCGUUCCUGUCACGACAAGCCCGGCAUCUGCAGUAACCCAUUUGCUGUCAUCAGUGUCACCGACCCAACUCGUGGGUCUCUCCUCGCUCGGGGUCAGAAGUACCGUGUGGUUGUUGAUAUUGACAUGCCGGAGUCACCAACAAACCAGAAGAUAGGUAAUGAAGCUGCGUUGAAUGUAGGUAUGUUUCUCAUCAACAUGAAUAUGAAGAGCCAUACAGGUGAGGUGCUCCGUGAAGCAUCACGCUCCUCCAUGCUGCGCUACAAGUCAUCUCUCCUGCAGACACUAUCCACCAUCACCUUUGCCCCCUUGCUUCUCUAUGGAAUUCACGAAGAGAAGCAAAUGGUGACCGUGGAACUUUUCUCUCAAUAUGAGGAAGAUCCGGUGAGUUCCCAGACUUUGAUGUGGCAUAGUCAUCCUCUCCAACCUAUGCUCUUUGUGUGUUUGUUCAUUAAUGUACAAACUUUUCUCCUUUUUAAGAUUUGAUUACUCUGAUGCUGU